CUCCACACCAGUGAACUGAACGAUGGCUACGAUUGGGGUCGUCUCAACCUGCAGUCAGUGACUGAACAGAGCUCUAUGGAUGACUUCCUUGCAACUGCAGAAAUGGCUGGGACUGAGUUUGUUGCAGGUAAAUACUCCAUUGCAUUGACCUGACAAGUGAUCCUUGAAACUGUCCUCUACCAGGGGUGUAUUCAUUCCGCCAAUUAUUUUGCAGUACGUUUCUUUAAACGGAAGCUAACGUAACUGAGAGGGAACUACCUGAAUUUGUCCAAUAUAAACUAGAAACUGUUUCCCCAGGGGUGUAUUCAUUAGUCGGAUUCCGUUGCAAAAUAUUUUGUCUGUUGCAAAACGUUUGCAACAGAAAACUAUUUACUCCAAAAGGAAAACAUUUUGCAACGAAAAUAGUUUCUAUUGGACAAAUUCAGGUAGGUCGCUCCCCGUUUCGUUCCAUUUACUUCUGUUUUGGUUCUUAGAGUUUUUGUAACAGACCAAAUGUUUUGCAAUGGAAUCCGACUAAUGAAUACACCCCAGAACUUGCCUCUUUGGACUGGAUUGCCAGGAUGCAACUGAUGGAUGAAAUGUUUCCCCAGAAAAGCUCAACAUCAAGUUCGUGCCAGCUGAAGCUCGGGCAGGAUUACUGACAGCCGAGGAGACAGCAAAGCUGAAGAAGCUGCACGAAGAGAACAAACAACUCCUCAGAAUUCCACGAAGGUGCAGUAAGGGUCCUUGCUACCUGGGAUCCAUGGGAAGUCCCAAUUCUGACGUUAUCCUAUUAAAGUUGACAUUUUAAAUGGUUAGGUUUAGGAAAGGGUUAAGAUUAGGGUUUAGGGUAGGGACGUCCCAAGGAUUACCGAUAGCACUAACCGUGCAGUAAACACAGUGACAUUACUUCCAAAUGUUAUUUCAUGUCCUCUUUCUAGUUGUCUUAGUAGUAGGGAUUGUGCUGAUAUUGCAUUGCCUCUGAUGUUCCAUUACUGUAUCUUCUUUGUCUUGUCAUGUUGCAGGCCUCACUGGGAUGAGAGCACCAGUCCAGAGGUCCUCCAGCAGACAGAGAGAGACAGCUUCUUGGAGUGGAGACGAGAACUGGCACUGUAUGAAACCCACUACAAUCACAACACUUACCCCCCCAUCAAUUGAAUAGGAUCUCAUUGUUUUGAUGUUAUAGAUUGUGUGCCUUUAGUAACACUGUUUUCUUUCAGCAGUGCCCUAAAGUUGAUCUAUUUUGUUUCAUAGACUUGAAGAGGAGCAGAAAAUGUUUCUCACCCCUUUUGAGAGGAAUUUGGAUUUCUGGAGACAGCUCUGGAGAGUGAUUGAGAGGAGGUAGGAUUCAGAGCUGCUGUGUCUCAUGACUGAUUGUGUCCUGUGUCAGCUGUUCAGUGCCUUGUAUGAUGGUGGAAAUGUGAAUUUUCCUAUGCAGUGACAUCGUUGUUCAGAUCGUUGAUGCCAGAAACCCUUUGCUGUUUCGUUGCCCUGACCUGGUAAGUAAAGUGCCUAAGGGCGCAGCCAAACUAGCCCGUUGAUUUGAUCCACUGUUCUAAUUUGGUGUCCGUUCUCCACGGAUCAGUCUGGCCAAAGGCUGUCAAACAAUUGAGGCCAAUUUUUCAUGGAUGGGGGAUGGCAUUGCCAGGUGGGGGAAUCCGCCCCACCAAACUGAUAGUCGGGGAAACACUGCAGCAUUUCACCCAUUGAUCUUCAUGGUUCCUGUAGGAGUGCUAUGUCAAGGAGGUGUCCCGGGACAAGGUGAACUUGCUGCUGGUGAACAAAGCUGACCUGCUGACCCGGGAGCAGCGGAGGAUCUGGGCCAGAUAUUUCCAGAGAGAGGGCCUCCGCGCUGUGUUCUGGUCUGCACUGGUGGAGAAUGAGAGGCUGGAGGCAGAGGAGAAGGUGAGGAGUCAUUCACAUUUUAAUUGGAAGGGCUGGUCUUAGAUGGCCUGGUUAAACCAGACUGUACGCUGUGCUCAUCAUUGUUUAACUUAUGCCUGGUAUACUUUUUUGACUGAUGAAAAAUGAGUUGUCAGGCUUCUCCUCUUCAGACCUCAGUGAUAUCUUCCCUUGUUCAUUCUCCAAAGGGAAUGGAAGUGGAAGAGCAGGAGGAUGAAAAGAGCGACGCAGAAAAUGAAGACGAGGGAAUGCCAGACAACGACAAUGUGAGCCGAAGACAGGAUGUAGAGGAUAACAAGGAUGAGAAAGAGAGCGAGGAGGACGAGGAAGAAGAUGAGGAGAGUGAUAUGGAUGAGAAGCAGCAGAGAGGGGAGCAGUUUAAAGACUGUGUAGCAGAGGGAGACUGGCAGACCUGCUCAGAGGCAUCAGAGGGUGAGGAAGCAGAUGACGAAGACAGUAUAGACGGCUCCACCCACGGCUCCUCCUCCUUCCACAACUCCAGUCGCCUGCUGACCAAAGACGAGCUGCUGGCCAUAUUUAAGGCUGCUCAUGAUGGGCCAACGUUGAAAGAGGGCGAGCUCACAGUGGGGCUGGUGAGUACACACACACUGGACAUCAAUAGGCUUCAAUACUAGGUUAUGUUUAAGCAAUAAGGCACGAGGGGGUGUGGUAUAUGGCCAAUAUAUUACGGCUAAGAGCUGUUACGCACAACGCAACGUGGAGUGCCUGGAUACAGCCCUUAGGCGUGGUAUAUUGGCCAUAUACCACAAACCCCCGAGGUGCCUUAUUGCUAUUAUAAACUGGUUGCCAACGUAAUUAGAACAUUAAAAAUAAAUGUUUUGUCAUACCCGUGAUAUACUGAUAUACCACGGUUUUCAGCCAAUCAGCAUUCAGUGCUCGAACCACCCAGUUUAUAAUACUCUUUAUAUUACUACAGGAAUCAUUUACGAAGUAGGAGAACAGGUCUUGUGUUAGGAGAAUUGAGAUCACUCCAAUCUGCUCUCUAAACAGGUGGGGUAUCCCAAUGUGGGAAAAAGUUCCACCAUCAACACCAUUCUGAGAAAUAAGAAGGUGUCCGUCUCAGUCACGCCUGGGCACACCAAGCACUUUCAGGUAAAGAACUGCUCUCUGAUCUAGCCUGCUUGACCUCUAAAAAUGUAUGCCUUUGUUACAAUAAUAAAGCAUUCAAAUGUGUAUGUACUCCUGAUGUACUGACCUGUUGCAACCUCUACAACCACUGUGAUUAUUAUUUGACCCUGCUGGUCAUCUAUGAACGUUUGAACAUCUGGCCUUAAUGGCCAUGUACUGUUAUAAUCUCCACCCGGCACAGCCAGAAGGGGACUGGCCACCCCUCAAAGCAUGGUUCCUGUGGUGCUCUGUAGCUCAGCUGGUAGAGCACGGCGCUUGUAACGCCAAGGUAGUGGGUUCGAUCCCCGGGACCACCCAUACACAAAAAAAAUUAUGCACGCAUGACUGUAAGUCGCUUUGGAUAAAAGCGUCUGCCAAAUGGCAUAUUAUAUUAUUAUAUUAUAUUAUAUUAUGGUUCCUCUCUAGGUUUCUUCCUAGGUUUCUGCCUGUCUAGGGAGUUUUUCCUAGCCACCGUGCUUCUACAUCUGCAUUGCUUGCUGUUUGGGGUUUUAGGCUGGGUUUCUGCAUAGCACUUUGUGACAUCUGCUGAUGUAAAAAGGGCUUUAUAAAUACAUUUGAUUGAUUGUGUGUUCUAGACGCUGUACGUGGAGCCAGGUCUGUGUCUGUGUGACUGCCCCGGCCUGGUCAUGCCCUCCUUUGUGGCCACUAAAGCUGAGAUGAUCUGCUGUGGGAUCCUGCCCAUCGACCAGAUAAGAGACCAUGUGCCUGCCAUCUCCCUCAUAUCCUUCACUUACCAACCCUGCAAACUGCUUGUCUGUUAACUUAUGGGUGUAGAAGAGUCAUAUUUAUUGUCCCUAUCAGUAGAUAAUACUGGAGAUUUGUUUUUCUAAAAUACUUUUUAAUUCACAGCUAUAUCUCUUUUUUUCAGUUGGACCGAAGUGGAGCUGCAUACUAUUAUCAUUUCACAUUACAAAAAUACAGCUAAAUUCAGAGGCCUAAUCGUUUCACUCGGGUAAAGGAUUUUUCAGAAGUUUGAUUGGGUGUUUAGUGUGGUUAAGGCCUUAACAGACUGCUCACGUGUGUCAGACUAUUCCUCGAGAUGUGCUAGAGGGCACCUAUGGCAUCAACAUCAUCCGCCCGCGAGAGGACGAGGACCCCGACCGCAUACCCAACUAUGAGGAGCUACUGAUGGCCUACGGAUGUGAGACCAUAAACCCUGUCCUUAUAUAGUACACUACAGUGUAGAACAACAGACACAGCACAACAGAAGCCAUAUGAUAGUGAUGGAGUCAGAGCAAGCCGUUGACACUGUCCUGCUCUCUUUCAGACAUGAGGGGCUUCAUGACAACACACGGACAGCCUGACCAGUCGAGAUCAGCCCGCUACAUCCUCAAGGACUACGUCGUUGUAAGUUAACCCUCCUCCUUCCGCCAUCAAAUGCAUUCUCUUGAUGUAAAAUGGUGGUUAAUUAGGCAGAAUAGUCAAAUUGUUUAGUCUGUAGACCUACACUGAACAAAAAUAUAUAAUGCAACAUGUAAAGUGCUGGUCCCAUGUUUCAUGAGCUGAAAUAAAAGAUCCCAGAAAAGUUCUAAAUGCACAAAAAGCUUAUUUCUCUCAAAUGUUGUGCACACAUUUGUUUACAUCCCUGUUAGUGAGCAUUUUAUCCUUUGUCAAGAUAAUCCAUCCACCUGACAGGUGUGUCAUAUCGAGAAGCUGAUUAAACAGCAUGAUCAUUACAAAGGUGUACCUUGUGCUCGGGACAAUAAAAGCCCACUCUAAAAUGUGCAGUUUUGUCACACAACACAAUGCCACAGAUGUCUCAAGUUUUGAGGGAGUGCAAUUGGCAUGCUAACAGAAGGAAUGUCCACCAGAGCUGUUGCCAGAGAAUUUAAUGUUAAUUUCUCUACCAUAAGCUGCCUCCAACGUCAUUUUAGAGAAUUUGGCAGUACGUCCAACCCGCCUCACAACCGCAGACCACGUGUAAACAUGCCAGCCAAGGACCUCCACAUCCAGCUUCUUCACAUGUGGGAUCGUCGGGGGGUGGGGCCUGACUCCCAAGUGGCUGUGCCCCUGCUGAGUCAUGUGAAAUUCAUAGAUUGGGCCUAAUGAAGUUAUUUCAAUUGACUGAUUUCCUUAUAUGAACUUACUCAUCAAAAUCUUUGAAAUUGUUGCGUUUAUAUUUUUGUUCAGUAUAAAUUCAGUAGUAGUAAUGGGAGAGGAAGCACCACUAACUGGUUCUUUCUGACCAUCCCCAGGGGAAACUGCUGUACUGCCACCCUCCUCCCCACAUCAGUGCUGUAGACUUCCAGCCCCAGCACAGCAAGUUCCAGUCCGGAGAUGCAGACGGUGAAUACUCCAAGACAGGCAACAAACAGAGCAAAGUCAAGAGACAUGAGAAUCUGGUGGACAAGAACUUCUUCCAUCAGGUACAAUAGAAGGCAACUCCACAGAAAUUACAUUAAUAUGCCACUGGCAGAGAUUGACACCAAACUCAUGCCACAUUGUUGUGCAUUUUGUUCCAGGAGAAUGUUCGAGCACUCACCAAGGGGGUCCAGUCUUACAUGGGCUACAAGCUAGGCAGCAUAGGCCAGCGUGAACAGGUAGGUCAGGGGCAACCUGGCACGGAACAGCCUGUGGUCAAACCCUGGAAGAAGCAUGGCAACAGGAACAAGAAAGAGAAAGUACGCCGACUCACCAAGCACUUGGAUGCUUGAAGAACAUCUAUAAACUGUUAGAAAUCGCUGAUAGUUUGGAGUGGAAUGGAGUGUUAACCCCCAAAGGACUUUCCAAUGCAAUUCCACAGGAAUUGGUGUUUGUUGUAUGUAGAUACUGGUCAACAACAGUAACCUCCAUUGCCUUUUGCAAUAUGGAGAACCAGGGAUAGGUUGUGAAUUAACUUAUCAUGCAUUGCAUUGAUGAUACAUUCCACUAUUUGAUUAUGAUUGAGUUGUGCAACAAAUCUUACAGAAGUUAUGAGUGUAGCUACCAGAGCAGAAUUGGGGUCAACUCAAUUCCUGGAAUUUUAGCAACUUAGGAAUUGAAUGGAAUUGAGCCUUACUCCAGAUAAAAUGUAUUGCUAAGGAGAUCAAUCAGUCAAGAUUUAUUUGGUUAUGUGUUUGUUACAUAUACAGGAAGGUGCAAACUAUUGUACUUUACAUAGAUAAUGAACUACAGAUAACUGCCUAAAUAAAGGAAACACCAACAUAGGGCAUUGGGCCACCACGAGCCAGAACAGCUUCAAGUGUCUGGAACUCUAUUGAAAGGAUGCAAUGCCAGAAUCUC